GCCAGAGGCGAGAGAGCGCGCACUCGAAGCUCGCUCGUCGUUCCGCGUCUCUCGCGUAUUGUAGCGCGUCGUCGAUCAUCUGUUCGUUCAUCGUUUGUGUUGUCCGCACGUCUCGCGAUCAGCGAAACGUACGUCCUGCGACAGCGCGGCACGCCGACACCUUGCUCGCGCGGGUAAGCUCGCGUCGUCACGAUCCCGAGGUGUUGUGAAAUCCGCACGGUGUCCGGGGAUUCACUCCGAUACCAGUGCGUCGGAUGAUGCCUCCCGAUUUUCCUCUGCCAGCCCUCGCCAGCGCGACGGACUGGCAGCGGACUGGCAGAGGCUGCUUCGCGAAAGUGCCGAGUUUUCGUCGUUGGGGAGAAGCUUGGCAGCUACGAGCCAUCGCUCUGUGCGAAGGGAUGCUGCGAUGGACGCUUUUUCGCGAACGGGGGUGUUUGCGUGUGCUCGGUCUGGCGAGAGGCUUUGUCGAAGGGCGGGUUGGAAUGUAGCAGCGGUCGGAGAGCGUUUUGCUCCGAAUUUCCCAGCUGCCGGAGCAUCGGCGACUGACGCUUAACGACGAGAGAGAAAGAGAGAGAGAAAGAGGGAGAGAGAGAGAGAGAGAGAGAGAGAGAGAGAGAGAGAAAGCGAGAGACGGAGGCAGAGCUCGCCGAUCGACUACGCGGUGUGCGCGUCAGUAUAACAAUAUCCGAGUUAGGAAUCCUCGAAGGGCACCGGUCAGGUCAGGCUCUCUCGCCGAGUCAGAGAGGAACGUACGAUGCACUCGGUGGAAACACGAGACUCGCACUCGCGCGAGAGAUCGAUCGUCACGUGCUCCAGACGGCUGCCGGAGUUCGCGUGCCGAUCGCGAAGGCCCGUCACGUGCCUCUCGGCCGCGGAGGGUGGGUCGAGACUGUCCGACCUCGUUUAUUCUCGCGUUCGCUGCCCCGCGGAUGCAUCUUCGAUUUUUUCUCACUCCAAUACGCGCUGCAGCGCGCAUGCAAAACGCGCGAGACUGCGACGACGACGACGACGACAACGACGACGAUGUUCGGCAUAUUCGCGUUGUCGCGCAGUUUACAUAUUGCUCUUCUCCAUUCGCCGUUGUAAAUAACAAAAGUGACAGAAUAGAGGGAGAGAGAGAGAGAGAGAGGGGGAGGGAGGGAAAAAGAGAGGAAGAAAAAAGGGCAGAGAGGGAGAGCAGGUACGAGAUUGUGGCUACGAUUUGACGCGAGUGGGAUUUACGAGCGAGAGGUAGUUGGCUGUCCGUGACGCGCGCGGCUUGCUCUUAAAAUAAAUGUCGACGAUACACGUUGUCGCGCCGGUCGCAAAUAUUCAUCUUUUCCCUUUUUUCGGGUGCACGCGUGAUUUUAUCCCGACAGGAUGCGACGAGAGAAGUAACGCGACGCGACGGCAGAGAUGCGGUGGGAAAGGGAAAAUGCGAGCAGGCCCUUGCAUGCGGCGGCUACGAGAACAAUCGUAGUGUAGAAGCAACACACACGGGGAGACGAGCGGCACGGGGAGUCGGGACAAAGCGGUCCUGCUCGCACCAUGCAUAUGCACGAGGGACUUUGUGUACCCGGUUUGCGGGCCGGUGAUUACAGGUGGGAAUAAACCGAUACCGGGAUACGGAGCCUGCCUAAAUAUGCGCCGUGACCUACUUAAGUAAGUUUCGGACGUUCGCCGUCCUAAUCCUACCGCGGCGGUCUCUCUCUCUCUCUCUCUCUCUCUUGUUCUCUGCCUCACGAUCUUCUCCUCUCUCUCUCUCUUUCUCGACGUAAUAUCAAAUAUCAACAUUUGCACAUCGAGUCGUGCGCGCGCGCGCGCGCGUUCUCCAAAGGCGAGAAUACGACGGAAGUUACGAACGCGCGCUAGUUAAUUUUACGAAGCGGACCUCACAAAUGGGAGCGUAUCGCGCGUGAACUUUCGAAGCAAACGCGUUCAGUCGUUUGUUGAUGCAGAAUAUGGGGCGACGUGUGGAGUGAGGAAAAAAAAGAAGCGUCAGCCGGCGAGAAAAGCAUGUCGCUGGCGUGGUCAGCGCGUGAAAAAAAUACUCGGUGGAAGCGAGCGACGCGCUGAAUGAUUCUCGUCGUAAUGUCCGAAAAAAAGAAAAAUAACGAGCGGCGCUUCGCCCGCCGGGUCACCCUAAUUACGCGCGCAAUCCCCGAUAUCAAUCGGAGCGUGUAUUAGCGCGUAGCGGCACACCGAGAGGACGCUAAUUUAUGACCGGCUUUUUUAACAUUCCGCGAGGCACGUUGGGUGUAUCGGUGUAUCAAUCUACAAGUACGACCGGCCUCCCGGGACGAUCAAUUUAAAAGGCCGUCCGUUUGCGCGAAACGCGAAGAUGAUUUAUGCCCCGUCCCGAAUACCGCGCACUCGAAUCCCUCGCGAAGGGCGGAUUUCGGCAGCCGACGGCCCGAAAUUACCCGAUACCUCAAUUAGCCGCGUAAAUCAUCGGCGCGCGAAGGGCAAACGUUAAACGACUAACGCUGCAUGCGCAUUUUCGCGAUUGUGCCGCCGUGAUUUUCUACGAGUUCCAAUUGCGUCCUGUGAAAACGAUGACGUUUUCGCGGAUCGCAGAAUCGCGCGCUUACCCCCGCGAGUUCUGUCAGAUUUCGCGGCAAUCGCAGAGUAUUACGCACGUUUGUCAGAGAUUUAAACCUACAUUAAUAGUCGUUUAAAGUUUGCCUCACGCGAGAUACUCAGAUUCUUUCUCAAUAGAAUCCAUGUUUUUCAGUUGAAUUAUACGAUAUUGUGACAUUAUGUAUUAGUAUUGAUAUUCGUUAUUUUUGAAACUUGCUUCAGGCGAGAUGCUCUGAUUUUAAUUUAGAGUUUAUUUUAGAGUUAGAACUGAAUUUUUUUCAGCUUUGAAUCAUACACAAUUUACACGACAAUAUUACAUUUUGCAAUUCGCAAUUCAGCUGAAAGAUUCAUAUGCAACUCUCAAUUUAUUUGAGUAUUUCACCCGAGGUUCAAAUAACGGUUAUUAAUAUGGUUUAUUAUGGUCUGUAUCAAUAGUCAUUAUUUGAAUCUUGUCUCAGGUGAGAUACUCAGGCUUGUAUUUAGAGUUUGUAUUUAGUGUAAAGUAUUGAGUAAAUCUGAAUUCUUCAGUUGUGUCAGACGAUACACGUGACACUGUGCUCGCAGUCGCAAUUUCAAUGAAAAAUUCACAUGUAACUCUAAAUUAGAACAUGAGUAUUCUGUUUGAGGCAAGUUUGAAGUAACCGCUAUUAAUACAAACCUACGUCUGUAAUCGUUAUUCGACUAAGGAACUCUCAUCUAACUGAAACCUAAGUAUCUCAUUUGAGGAAAGUUUCAAGUAACGAUUAUUAAUAUGGGCCACAGACACUUGGUAACGCGCGCAUCUGAGGAUGAACGCGAGUGUAACGCAAAUCGCGUUUGCUUCAAUGACGCAAACGAUGCGUUACGUAUGUCAAACGUAUCGAUUUCUUUGGAAAAUUAGAAUUAGACGCGCUCAACGGUGCUGUCCUCAGAAUGCACACUCAGAGUUUCUCACAGUCAUUUGAGGCGAUGUCAGCGCACGAAUUACAUCACGAUAACGACCACUGAAGUCGCAAUUCUCGCAUAAUACCUCAAUUGGCGAUUCCUUAGACACACGCGUGCACCUUAUUCGACGUAAAUCGGAGCACUCGCGUCGCUGGGGUAACGCGAAACCGCAGACACGCGAGCCGAGCAGGAUAAAUCUGGGGCCUCUUUAACAACACGUUGCUAAACGAUCGACGAGCUCCUUCUUCGCGAAACGGAGUUCCACCAGGCGAUUUGAGUCGCGUCGCUUACGACGGCGUUUUAGUAUUGAAGUUUAACAGGUCCUUCACGUCGACGUUACGCCCGGGGGAAUUCGAUCGGCUUCUCCUCUUCUAAAGCCCGAUAAUCGGAUUCCGUGCAUUCGACGAUGCAAUGAGAAUAUUCACCGAUCCGCCGUACUUAAAAGGCCUAGCCGUUAUCGCGAUCUUUCCGCUUCGUGAAAAUUAAUGGCGAUCUUCGCGAGUCGCGAAGUCGUCGGCAAGUCGACUCGAUUCUUUGGCAGCUCGAGGAGCACCUGUCUCGCUGGAGGCGACAGACGCGCUUCUCGCGAUCGGGAAAGCGGAGGAAUCGCGCGACUCACGAUCGUCCUUGUGGCGGCAGGUCCGUCCGACUGCUCCUGGUGACGCGGACCUCGCAGGUAAAUUGCAGAUUCCUCGUGGCACACAGUGGUGCGUCUCGCACGUUCCGUCCGCGAGUCGAGUUGUGCAGUGGCGCCGAUUCGCGAAGAGCCGCGCCGAGGAGAAGCCCUGAGGAAAGAAGUGGUGCACGAGGAGAGAUGCGCGACGCGGACGAGAGGUUGAUGCACGGCGUCGCGGCCGAACGACUUCAGCUUCGCGUGGCGGUGCAUCGUCGAUGCUGAAUCGCGCUCGCGGCGCGUCCGCGUUAGUGUUCGAGCGGACUUUCGCGCGCGGAUGACAGCCGGAGGACUCCUCCGUCGCGGGAGUGACAGUGAGGCCCUCGAGCCUUGAGCUGGCAAGGGACGAGUCUCGGCGCACGUCGGGUGAUCCGUCAAGAGAAAGAGAGAGAGAGAGAGAGAGAGAGAGAGAGAGAGAACUGCUGCAACGUGAACGGGUGGUGAUCGGUAGUGAUGCCGUGAUGGGCUGCAGCUCGAGAUCGUUCUUCUUGACCACGCUUCUCGCGGCUGGAUUACUCUCGAUCGUGCUGUUCGCCGAGUUAUCCUGCGCGACACGCUUGAGACAGCGCCCUGGGCCUACGGAUGUGCCGAGAGGUGGUUCUGUGAACGAAGCCGGUGUUUUUGCGUUGCGGGGUAGGCAAGAGGGUAACCGGCGUUCCAGAAGGACCACCACCAGCACAACGAGCACAACCACGUCCGGCUCGACGUUGAUACCACUGCCCGACGAAGUGGCGCAGCCCGCGGCCCUUUUGGCCCCUGAAGAGGAGUCAUGGUCUACCAGUUCUUCCACUACGACCAAUGUCCCGUUACCCUCAGACACGGCCGAUACGUCGUCCAAUCCGCCUUUGGAGCUCGUGGUGAAGCCUCACAGCAAGGUCAUUUUACCUUGCGAACUGGAAGGGAAUUACUCGAGAUUAUUGCUGCCAGGAGCGAGUUACAGAAUACGACCGGCGACGUGGCUACACGAGGGAAGUCCGGUAGAUAUGAUCACGAUAGACACGAGAACGGAAAUGAGCGGAACCGGGCACAGGUACAUCGGCGACUCCACGACCGCGGCGUUACACAUAGACAACGUCAGAUUAGAGGAUGACGGUGUGUGGGGCUGCAGGUUGGAGGACGACCAGGGGAAGAUCCUCUUCGGCAGACCGGUGAAGCUGGUGGUGCUCGAGGCACCUCGUGGAACGUAUCUGCUGAUAGAUGGUCGCCGGCUGGAUCCCGGGAACCAGUUCGUGCCGGUGAAGGAGGGCUCGGAGCUUAUCCUCGAGUGCGCGGCCGAGGGUGGAAAUCCGCCGCCCAUUUUGGCGUGGGGCAUGACCUUGUCUCAAGCCACUUUAGACGGUCCGGAACAACCGCCGGACAAUCUCACAGUGUCGCCCUCGACAUCCGGCGGCAGCAGCAGAGCUCACCUUAAGGUCUUACGUGGACAUCACAACGCCACCAUAGCCUGCGUCGCGCGCCACAUCACGCUGACGGUGCCGAUGAACGCCAGCAUCCUGCUCGACGUUCAAUAUACUCCGUCGUUCGCGAUAACGCGUUUACCUGGUUUUGGAAUUCCGAUCGUCGAGGGGAUGUCCGUCAGCCUGAAAUGCGAGGUGGACAGCAAUCCAGCUAGCACUCCAAUUUGGCAGCGUGACAAUGGUCCGCCUCCCGUGGAGCAGAGCGAUGACGGAUGGUUGAACUUCACAAAAAUCACUCGGGCCGAGAGCGGCUGGUACAAGUGCUACACGCGGCAUAUGCUCGGAAUUUUCACCAGCAUUGGAUAUUUUCUCAACGUUCGCUAUGAUCCAGAUAUGGAGACGGAGGCGGAGGCGCUGAACGGCGAGGCGACCGAUUCCCGAAGGAUGGAGGUGCAGAUUGGCGGCGCGGUGACCCUCGAGUGCGACGGCGGCUGUUGGGGUCACGGCCCCGGAAUGGAUCCAGUUGGCGGGCCCGGGCCUCUCGCUCUCAGCCGAGUGGUCUACCAAGAGGCCGGCGAGUACCGAUGCGUCGCACCCGAUCGAAAGAUGCAGGACACGUGGCGUGCUCAAUUACCCCAUCACAUCAAGGUGACCGGGCGGCCCAUGGUUCAUCCGCCGAGUCAGGCGGUGACGGCGAACGAGGGCGAACCCUUGGACAUAAUUGUCGAGUUCUGCGCCGAGCCGAGCUACACGUCGGUCUUCUGGACGUCGAAGGAGCACGUGUACACAGCGGGUGCACCAUCGCGCGAUGGGGUUCAAGCCCUCGCAAUCGAGGAUGGCGGCACGAAACCCUGUUACAGGACGACCCUGCACUUUGAGACGAUUCAAUGGUCUCACGCCGGAGAAUGGCUGCUGGUGGUGCGCUCGCCGGAAGGGAUCGCCGACGCUUCCGUUAUGCUCAACGUGACGCGCGCUUCCGGAUACAGUCAUGCCCACAUCCGGUCAGCGAGUGUCACAUACCUUCUGUUUUGCCUGCUUCUGACGAUGCUGCAGGAACACCGUCGCUGAGGCGGCCCGACAGAGGAGACCUCAGUGACGGAAACCUCGGCGAGACUCCCGGCGCGAUACCGGAAGCGAUGCCCAGAUAAGUUCAGCACUUUCGAUGACGAAGGGAAAGGAGAUCUUCUUUGUACAUAAUGAAAUUCUCUCCCCGACGGUUUUGUCCACGAUGCGCGCGACCCGACGCCGACAUACGCGCGUAUCACUGGCGCAUUGCGAGCGCAACCAAGUUCGACGAAAGCUCCGCUGACGCGGGGACCAUUACGGCCUUGUGGCGUACCUUGGAUAAGGAGGCGGCGAGUUCUCGGACGAUCUUAGAAAACGCGUUUACGAAUUUACGAUCGCGAGCAGGAGUGGUAGGAGGAAUCGUGCAGGUCGUUUACCGCGAGACUUCGUGUGACUCCUCGCAUCCACGCGAAGGAAUCCCCAUGACGAUCGAGACGAAAUUCGAUGUCGAGGCGUACGAUCGGUGUCCUUCUCUGGCCUUAUACGAGGAUAACGACGGACAGGAGGGAAAGGGAAUCGCAGGCGCUGAUGGGAAAUGCAUAUUUAUAUAGACAGAAAAUUUGUAAACUACGAAACUCCGCGCGCAUUACGAAAUGCGGUCGCGCGAUACGCCAUACGACGUGUAUAUAUUUGUAUAGGUAAUGAUUAAUAAUCUCUGAUGUUCGAAUUGUGGAACGGCGUUCCCGCGCGUAGGGAUCAGGACGAAACGGAGACCAAUUCUUUUCUCUUUUUUCCCCCAUCUUUUUCCGGUCGGUCUCGCGAAUGACGCACGUACUUUGUACGGCUGAAAAGCGAGAGGUAUAUGACUGGUCAACGUGCGGUCGACACGCUCGGCUCUGUGCGCCGUACUGUAAUCAUUAUAACACUGUGAAAUAAAGCCACACGAUGGACAACAGGGCGGAUACAGCCGCCGUAAUACGAAAUAGUAACGAUUGAGUGAGCGGAAUAGCGCGAUACGACGGAGAGGAAGACGCGAGAUAUCAAUCCCUAUUAAGACUCCUCGCUACUCGCCGUAGCCAUCCUGACUUGUGACGUCAGGAGCAUGCAUGUUCAAAAUUACAUCAAAGUACGUCGAAAUAAAAAAAAUAUGUUCAAAAAAUAACACUUGCAAUCGAUCAAGCACGUCUCUUAAAUUUACUUUUGCUUGCUUUAUGCCCGAACAACGGAUAAAUAACCGUAAAAUUAACAUGACAAAAUAAUGAGGAAAUCUAGGUUAAAAAGGAAGUGUCUAAAUUUUAUAGUUAUUUAUUGAUUGUUAGAGCGAGAGGAAAGUGUUUUUUUUUCGGGGAGUAUUUUAGAGGUGUGCUUGAUCGAUUGCAAGUGUCAUUGUUUGGAUAUAUCUUUUCGACUUUGCAGGAAUUUUAGCUAUGCAUUUCCUCACCUCUUACAUCAUCAAUCAAAAGCUCCGCGGCGAACAGCUAGGAGGCUUAUGAAGGACGUGUAUGAGGUCUCUUCUUCUGUCUGCCUCUCUCGCGCGCACCUCGGAAAUGAGAGUCGCGUGGUCGUGCUAUCGAAUGAGAGCCGUUUAAUUGUGCAACGUUAAAUAUUCCCGAGGAUAGAGCGACUAAAAUAAAUUGUUGUAUAUUACCUAGGUAAGUAGAGUUUGAUAGCGUGUAUAUAGUGAUUGUAAAUGCAUAGGCUACGUCGUACGCCCGUACAUACGAAUUAUACAAUGACGCUGUUAGAGAUAUAUUUAUUAUUCGUUGAUAUAUUUUUAUAAAGUUUUAUUUAGCCAUAAGUUCUCGUUCGCCUUCCCCUCCCGAAUCUCGUUCGCACGGUCGCAACGCUUGUUUCGUUGAGAGAACAAAGCGGCGGCGCCGACAACGACGACGAUGACGACGACGACGGCGCUUUGAAUGACGAACUUUUCAACGAGAACCGUUACAAUAAAAAAGAAAAGUACACUGUGUCCUAUAAACGUCCUCAUUGAACUUAGCUGUAGUCAUCGUGAGAAACACGGGCAUCGUUGUCUUUUACGAUACUUCUAUCCCGAUCGGACGGGACGACGGAGCGACGUAGCGCGUCUUGUUUGCCCGACCGAUCUCGCUUCUUUCGAGCAUCCUUAGUAUAACUCUUUCGUGAAUUCGGUGGUUCCUAAUUUUGUAAAAAUAGAAUUUGUACUCGCGCGGCUUACCGACGGCUAAAUAGUAAUGCUCGUCGCACGGUGCGUUCUACGGUGCGCGAUCGCGGUCGGUACUACCUAUAGAUAUAUGAAAUAAACAUACCUGAGAUGUCUUCACUUUGAUUUAGUCUACUCGACGAACCCGAUUUUUUUCAGAUCGCUAAGAUGUUACAAAUAAGCAACGUGGUGUAAUCGUUGUACCCAAUGACGCCUAAGAGUCAAAUAAAUGAUAUUUACAAUAAUAAUUACGGAUAUUUGUGA